AAAAGAUAAGACAAUACUUGCUCAAAAUUAUUUUUUAUCUUAAGUUCGAAACCCGACAACGGAGUUUAGCAGACUUCAAAUUGAAAUGUUAAUAAUUGUUUGGCUUUUUUCAAGUCAACGCAAGCUGGGUCAUUUAUUAUGUCUGUGUUAAGUCCAACUGAUAAACUAAUACGUAAACUCCGUAAAAAGCUACGUCAAAUAGAAAAUCUUGAAUUUCUCGGGCGCUCAAAUCUAAAUGAAGAAGAACUUUUAAAGGUGAAGCAAAAAAAUGCCACUAGAAUUGAGCUUGCCAAACUUUUAAAACAAAGUGAAGAAGGCUGUAUGGCUUUUACACCUGGAAUUGGUACCCAUAUUCCCACAAGUACCACUGAUCAAUCAGAGAGCAUACCUACUACAAUAAUAACUCCAGAAAAUAAAACUAAACAUGGACCAAAAAAUCAAUUUUAUUCAAUUUCCUAUCAGCCUUUAAAAUUGCCUGAAACCAUGAAGCGUCCCACUCCUGAGGAAGAUAUACCUUCAUUGAGCCCUGAAUCUUCUGCUUCCAGUGACACACAGUCAAAGAAGCCUAAGCCAGAGAGUUCUACACCAGACAAACCUAACAAAAUCAAAUCUAAAAUGCACAAUACAGCAGGAAAAUCUCCUGUUCAAAAGUCCUGGCAUGAAACUCCAUUCCUUCUAAAUAUUCUUGAAUCCCACAAUGAUAUUGUGAGUUGUGUUGAUUUAGAUGAGACCCACAUCAUCUCAGGAAGCCGAGAUACAUUAGUACAAGUUUGGUGUGCUACAACCGGCUCUGCAUUGAUGGACCUUCGAGGACACACAAAUACGGUUACUUGUGUUUCGCUGUUAUCAGUCGAAGACUCAAAACAUUUGAAUGCGGAGCUGUCUGGAAGUAUUAGCGAAGAUACAGGUCCUCGAUUGGCUCUUACGGGUUCUCUCGAUUGCUGUAUUAAGCUUUGGAACAUAGAGAAUGGGUCAGCCUUGCGUUCCAUCUAUACAUUCAGUGGAGUGACAGCCCUCUGCUAUUCGCCUUCCCAUUCUUGCUGCGUCGUAGGAAGUGAAGGGGGGAAAUUGGAAACCUAUACAUUCCUCGAAGAAAGCACAAAUCCACGUUUUUCAAUUAAAACUUUCGAGGAUUCCGUAUCUCAUAUAAAGUUACAAAAUGAAAACUUGAUUUGCUCGUCCCUUGAUGGAUUCAUAAGUGUAUGGUCCAUGAAGGGAACUGAGUUAUCUCGUCUAUUCCGAUCAGAUGAUCUCGUCCCUGAAACUGGCCAUGUAAUCCGUUGUCGACCAAUUCUUAGCCUUGCCGUGAAUUCAGCCUACCCAACAAUUUUCUACGGGGAUGAAGGGGCAACAGUUAAAAUGUUGACCUGGAAAACUGGAUGCGUCAAAAAGCUCAGGAAUCAUGUUUAUGAUUUUGGGAUAACUAAUGCAAUUUUCGCAACCCAAUCAUUCCUUCUCUCUUCGUCCAUUAAUCUUGAUACUGGAGUCUCCUCCAUUAACAUCCGUUCUUUACCCGAGUGCAAUUACUUGGGCUCAUUGAACGUUUCUGGCAUUGAACGUAUUUUUUGCCUAGCCGCAACAGAAGACCAGAACGACAAAUCUCUUCGAUUGAUUGUCGGCGGUACUCAAUUAAUGUUGCUAGAAACAAGAAAAAUUGGAUGUCGUCGUUCUCCGAAGAAAGACAGUUUAUUGAAACCUCAUUUCAUCAAUGAAUUUACUUUACCCGCUGGUGAUUCUGAAGACGACUUUAGUAGUUCUUCAGAAGAAGAAAUUGAAGAAGAUGAGGAUGAACCAGCUAACUCAAAUGAGACGGUUAAUGCAAAUGAAUCUAGCCAGAGGAGCUCCUGGUGCACUAUUCCUCUGAUCGGUUAUCGACUCGCAUAUUUUGUUGUUCGUGGAAUGAACCCCAUUAAGAAUCAAAUCUAAAGCUAUAAAUAAUCCAAUUAACCAUUACGCAAUACUUAUUUGUAUUUUUAACAGACAAAAAAAAAUAAUAAUUGAGAAAUAAAUUUGGCUUCAGGGCG